AUUACGUCAGUGCGAGCGCAUGCGUAAUGAAAUGGGCCUGAGUUUGAGCGCACACAGAAAAUUUGGGCAAGCUUUAGAAUGGCGGGCACAGGCUUAGUUGCCGGAGAGGUUGUGGUAGAUGCACUGCCGUAUUUUGACCAAGGUUAUGAAGCGCCCGGCGUGCGGGAAGCGGCUGCGGCGCUGGUGGAGGAGGAAACCCGCAGAUACCGACCUACCAAGAACUACCUGAGCUACCUGACGGCCCCGGAUUAUUCUGCUUUUGAAACCGACAUAAUGAGAAAUGAAUUUGAAAGACUGGCUGCUCGGCAACCAAUAGAAUUACUCAGUAUGAAACGGUAUGAACUUCCAGCCCCUUCCUCAGGUCAGAAAAAUGACAUUACCGCAUGGCAAGAAUGUGUAAACAAUUCAAUGGCCCAGUUAGAGCAUCAGGCAGUUCGAAUUGAGAAUCUGGAACUAAUGUCACAGCAUGGAUGCAAUGCCUGGAAAGUAUAUAAUGAAAAUCUAGUUCAUAUGAUUGAACAUGCACAGAAAGAGCUCCAGAAGUUAAGGAAACAUAUUCAAGAUUUAAACUGGCAGCGAAAGAACAUGCAGCUCACAGCUGGAUCUAAAUUAAGGGAAAUGGAGUCAACUUGGGUAUCCCUGGUCAGUAAGAAUUACGAGAUUGAAAGGACUAUUGUGCAACUAGAAAAUGAAAUCUUUCAAAUGAAGCAGCAACAUGGAGAGGCAAACAAAGAAAAUAUCCGGCAAGACUUCUAAAAAGACAAACUUGGUGGGAAGAAAAGAAGGCAAGCUGGGCUUUCACAGAAGAUCAGGCACCUGAACUGUGAGGGAGAACCGCAUCCUAAGAAAAUCAUCAGUGGUUAAAUGUUUAUUGUAGAGUGUGGACUGUUAUAUUUGUACAUUUCAGCAAAAUAAAAACUUUCAGCUUGGUGGGGUUUUUUUUCCUGGUUUUUUUUUUUUUUUUGCCAUUUAAAAAAAAUCUAGGCUUUCAAAGUAAGUAUGAUAUUAGAAUAAUAUUAUAUCAUGGGAUUAAUUUUGAAUCAUUGGAACAUAUUUUGUAUCUGAGAGAUCUUUAACAUGUACAAGAAGUGGGAAACUUUUGGUUUAUAUAUUUCGAAAUAAAGGGGUGUUUCUAAACAAAUUUUUGAUUACCAAGCAAGACUUCCAAAAUACAAUGGCUCCAUCUCUGUCAACCAACUCCAUCAUCGUAGGUACAGUUUCAUAAAACUUGAUAGGUGCUGAGCCCUAUUUUAAGCAUGUUAGGUAGAUGAACUAAGAGGAAUAAAAAGAUAAUUUGAUCCUCACAAAAACCUUAGGAAGCAGAUAACUGUUGUUCCCAUGCACAGACUUGUAAUGGGUGCUGAUUAAGUAGCCUGUUGAAGUUGUAUAGCUGGAAAGUCAUCCAGGUGUUCAGUCCAGUAGUAGUACAGUGCCAGAGUUGUGUUCUAACCCUCUAUUUGUAAGGAAUGAAUAAGUAUAAAAGAUUACUGCCUGAUUCAGAAAAAAUA